GUGAUACGGCGGCCGUAACACCAGGUAGAUGGGCUUAUCCUUCCUACCUCCUACUUCAGCGCAGACUUGAAUUUGUACGAUCAGGUAAGGGAGCAAAACCUUGUAACUCACUGAAACCAAGAUUAGACAAACUAAUAAACACUGGGUAAAAUGAUUUUGGACAUGCUCUCAUAUUUAUGGUCUCUCCUAUGUGUAGGAAUGACCCAGUACACCAAGACAUUUUUUUUUGCAACGAUUGUACUUUAUGUGAUCCACUGGGUGCGUGUCAGGAGAUACAAGCAUUCCCUUUUCCAACGUCUGGGUAUUCCUCAUGUAAAGCCACACUUGAUCCAUGGCAGCAUGCGCACUCUGACAGGGAAGACUAUAGCCACAGAGGUCAUUGGGAAGUGGCUGGAGAAGUAUGGUAACAUCUUUGGGUAUUAUAUUGGUGCCAAGCCCAUCGUUGUCGUCAAGGACUUGGAUCUCAUCAAGCAAGUGCUGGUGAAGGACUUCCACAACUUUUCCAAUAGACCUAGGUUCCUCGUCGAAGUGGAGCCCAUCAUCAACACACUUGUGGGUCUAAGAGACCAGAGGUGGAAGGACGUUCGCUCUAUUUUGACGCCAACUUUUUCAAUGUCAAAGAUGAAGCUGAUGAUUGGCAUCAUUAAUGAAAGGGUCACCGAACUGCUGGAAAUUGUGUCAGACCAUAAUGCCACAGAGAAGCCCCUGGAAUGGUACACCAUAUUUCAAGGUCUCACUUUAGAUGUCAUAUGUGAAGCUGUCUUGGCCAUGAAGAGGCACUGCCAGAGGGACCAGGAUAAUGAUUUGGUUCUCUCAUCAACCCGGAAGUUCCUUAGAAAUGCCAUAAAUCCGGUAGUCCAUUUGUUGAAUUAUUUCAACAUUUUUCUCAGUGUCUUAGCCUUCGUUUAUAACACGUUUGCCCUGUCGGGUCGCAUGACCAAUAUGGUUGUGACUCACCUGAAGACAGUUCUGGAUGCGAGAAGGGAAGAUUUGUCCAAGAAGAACAUUGACGUUCUGCAGCUCAUGCUAGAUGCAGCAGAAUCUCGGCAGAUCCCAAACGACACGAAAGUUUUGAACAUUCAGAAUGGGACAACUGUUCCAAAUGGAAAGAUAAAUGAAGCAGGACAACAACAUUCUGCAACUAACUCGAUGUUGGCUAAUGAAGUUGCAAAGAAGACCAUGUCAGACAAAGAGAUCAUCGCCAAUGCGUGGAUGUUCUUGAUUGCAGGUUUUGACACGACAGCAAAUUCCUUGACGAAUACAGCCUACCUCCUGGCUUGCAAUCCUGACAUCCAAGAAAAGCUUUAUCAAGAACUUUGUGAACACAUUGAGGACGGAUACGAACACAUCUCCUACGAAACGGUGCACAAACUAACCUACCUGGACCAGGUUUUCUCCGAAACGCUGAGGCUCUUCCCGCCUGUGGUCACCUUCGUCACCAGGGACACGAACGCAGAUUACCAACUAGGCGAUUACUCCAUUCCCACCGACACCAACAUUCUGAUUCCAGUCUGGCAGAUUCACCACGACCCUAAACUCUGGCCUGAACCUUACACAUUUGAUCCUGAAAGGUUUUCUGCUGAAGCCAAGGCCUCUGAAAACAGGCACCCGAUGUCCUACAUUCCAUUCGGCGCAGGACCAAGAAGUUGUCCUGGUCUUCGAUUCGCUCAACUCGAGGCCAAGGUGGCAUUAGCCAGAAUUGUUAGGACGCACAAAUUGGAGACGUGCGAACAGACUCCCAUCCCCAUGGUCUUCGAGCUGCCGACGGUAACCCACACUCCCGCCAAAGACGUCAUUCUGAAAGCAAUACCGAGGGAGUGAAACGGUGGUUCAUUUCCUCUACACUUCACGAGGAUCAGUAAAAUAUUACCGACCUUUUGUGAUCGGGAAUGCAGUUUUUUUUUUUUUU